AUGCGAAACACACGGUGGUGUCACGUCAUCCUCGGACACAAAAAUGACAAAUUUGAAGAUGGCAGUUCCCAGGAUGACAACCUCAAAGAAGCUUCACCGCCGAAGAGAAGCAGAUGUUCAAAUGAUAACGGUGGCUGUGGUGAGAAAAUCUGCGUUGAAGUCGAUGGAGGUACCGUUCUGUGCGUCACUAAUGAUUGUUCAGUGAACAACGGCAACUGUGAGGAUAAUUUGUGUGUGGACACCUGGAUGCUUUCCAACAUCAGCAUCGAAUGCGUUACCAAGGAUGGCGAAAUAGCUAUAGAUAUCGAUCGAAAGCUGGAGAACCUGCAGGGUUGUUUUCGUGAGGUAAAUAAGCAGAGCAGCACCAAUGUGAAGUCCAUUGGUGGUUGCCAGGCGUACUGCGGCACCAAGUAUUACACCAUUAAGUUUCCACACAGCACUGAAUCGAAUGAGAAAGAUGAAGAGUCUGACAAGCUUUCGGAUGACCCGGAUGGCGUGUGUGUCUGCGCCGACGAGAUCAACCGUAGAGUAGAAUUGAAAAAGUGCAGUGUAUCAUGUAGUGAUGGAACGCUCUGUGGUGGUCCCGAUCACUUCUCUGUCUAUGCCAAGCCUUCCAAAGGUUUUUCGCUGAUUGGUUGCUUCAAGUUCGUGAGCGAGGAAACGUUAGUGAGGCGAGAUGCCCCCUCGGAUAACGUGGAGUUCUUCAGCAGCAAAUGUCACGAGCAGUGUCUCGACGGCAACUACUUCUUCCUGAUCACUUCCUGGACAGAUGAGGAUCCAGAAUGUUUUUGUGCCAGCAGCCUCAAGGUCAAUGGACAGUUGGAACCGGGUCAAUGUGAGAUGAAGAAGAGAGAAGUGUAUCUCGUAAGAGAGGACCAACAGAUAUUACAAAUUAACAGUAACGGUAAAGAUAUACUUCAUGCGUUGUUUUUUGAUUCAGUGAACAUGAGACUUGAUUACACGGACAACUUCAAGACCGCCCACUACUGCUUGAACGAUAAAAAUGAGCGCUUCAGUAAGGAAUGCAAACAGUGGAAGUGUACGCCCGGAUGGACGGGGAAUCUCUGCGACAUCCGAGACUGCAACGUGCAGAACGGAAUGUGCCAUAAAGACACAAAAUGUCUAACUGAUACCAUUGGAGAGAGAUCCGUAUCUUAUUGCGGCUGUGAUAGUGAUUUGGAGCUGACGAACAAAACUCUUUGCCUCGAGAGUCGACUGGUGGCCGAGGUUGCUGGUGUGGGUAGCACGGUGAUGAUCAUCGUCAUUGUGGGCUCUGCAGUGGGGGGCAUUCUUUUGGGCUCUGGAACAGCAUUCACCAUUUGGAAGGUUAGGAAGUCUGUGAUGGAGAAAGAGGAGGAGGAGGAGGAGGGGGAGGAGGAGGGAGGAGAAGAAGCGCUCCUCAAUGAAUCUUGCAAGCAGAUGGGUCUGGCUAAGCUCUCUGCAUCAUAG